UGAUCGAGGAGGGACCAUACCAGGGCGGCGAGGAAAUCCAGGUAGCGGAACUACACCCUGGUUUGGUCAUGCACUAAUAGCUGCAACAUAAAAUAUUUCCAGCGCUGGCCAAUGUUGUGUAUCUGACGAGCAGUAGAAUAGUACCACCGCACUACUACGGUCCGGAGGUGCUGCGUGAACAAAGUAGUUACUUUACAGCUUUACGCAGUUGAGGCUGGGUGACAAUUCGCAUUUCGGUUAUGUGAGCUCAGCUGCUGGUUCUGUUUGUGCAGUAACGGCUACAUUCCGAUCAGCAGUGUGGGUUUUCUUCAGAAAACAAACAGACUCGGAAGGAGCUCGUUGUGGCUCCGACCGACACCAUAGGGCUAGGUGCGGACAGGAAGAGAAAUCAUGACCGAAAACGAGUACGCGUUCCCCUCGGCUCGCAACCACCGUGAGUUGACGUCGUUGUGGAAAGAUUUGGAGACGGAGCAACCUAUAAAUAUCAUCGUGGUGGGUAAAACUGGAGAAGGGAAAUCCACGCUGAUCAACAGUCUGGUGGGGAAAACCGUGGCCAAUGUGGACAAGUCUAGUUUCGCUGGCUGCACUAAGGGUAUCCAUCCCGUGAUGGGAACGUUUGGCGGAGUUCACGUGACACUCUGGGACACGCAGGGUUGCCGCGAUGGCGCGCAGUCCGAGACGACCGUGUACGCACAGCUCCUGUCCCGGGUCGGUCCCCGUCGUGUCCACGGCGUUCUGGUCUGCGUGUCUAUGAUGUCAUCGCGUAUCUCCAAGGAUACCAUAGUGACUCUGCAGCUGGUCAACGAGGCAUUCGGGAUGGGUGUAUGGCAGCAGUGUGUCAUCGUGUUGACCAUGGCCAAUCGCCUGGUCUCGGUCUGCGAAGAUGCGAAUGGCUACAUCCAACCGUCGGGCCCCUGGUCGAGCUUCCAGCAGGGAUUUGACGAGUACAUUCGUAAGCUGCGGGAAAUACUCGUCGAUCGUGUUCACGUGAGUCCGGCUACCGUGCACGCGCUUCCCUUUGCAGCGGCCGGUGGCAGAAUGUCAGCCGCACUGCCUGGCAUACAGGACUGGCGCUGGACGGUGUGGAAGGUGGUGCGGGACCAAGCCAGGAGGUACCAUAGACUCUGUGAAACUGCUGCUGCCAGUGCUGUUGUGAGCGGCAAUGAGAUGCCCGGUUUCACUGGCCUCAUACCCGGUUGUCCCGUGCCGCCGUUCCCAGAGCCGUCGCCCAUGCCAACGCAUCACAGCUCGCAUCUGUGUUGCUAUAGCAACGACGCCGGGCUAGUCCGCGUACUUGUCAUCGGUGGACCGGGCAGUGGCAAGUCGUGUCUGGCGAGUACGCUGGAAUGCAAUGCGGUGGCCGCCAGUCAAGGAACUCUGGUGGACGCACCGCUGCUAACCAGCCGUACCGUCAACGAUUUGCUGGCGCAGUGCCCGUUUCACAGUGUGAUUGUGUGCGUGCCUUUGCCAAGUCUUACCGCCCACCUGGGAGAGACGGUCGAGGUACUUCGCAUUCUCCUCAAGCUCUUUGGCCCGGCAAUGUGGAGGAAGCUUGUCUUUGCCUUGACGUUUGCCAACAUCGCAAGCGAAGCAGUCAGCAAGCAACGGCGGCUGGGUUUCUACUGCAAGUUGUUGGAGCAAGCGAACACGCUCAUCAACAAACAGGUCCAAUCCCUUACUGGCAAAGAUAUGGGCACUCUAAAAUUGCCAGUCGGCCGGCAUCGGGUGGGUUUCAACAGUUUAAAACUGCCAGACACACGUGACUCGUCGCUGCGCCUGUGGAAUGCCUGUGUGCAGCUGGCGAAGAAGCCCACCUGAAUUUGUUCCACACUUGCUGUGUUCCUUGCACCCUGUGUGCUCACAUUGUUACAACUUGCACACUCAAUGAAUCAUAUACGACAAGUGGUGGUAUGCUGCUGGUCCGAGGGCCAAAAUUGAAAUCGGAUCGAGCUGGUAGCGUAUUGACUUGACUCUGAAUGCAUACCGGUAAAUCCAGCAACACAAGCUAUACAAAUAAACUUUUUUUCACUGGAUAUGAUGAGACUGACAGUGGUAACACGAUCCUAGAAGUUGACAUUGUGUGGUUAGAUCGUGUUCGUAAGCUGCGAUGACCAUCAACCGCUACUACAUCUAACAAAACCUUACAGACCCACAUGCUGAACAAGUGCUAGCUUUCUAUCUUUGUGCAGAUGCAAAGCCGGAGGUGGAUUAGGCGUGCUGAUAAUCUAGCCAGCUGUGAUUUAACUCAUCCCACAUGGAUUUGCUGUCGACGCAUGCAGCACUUGAUUGAAAACAGGACAUUUGACAGAUAUUUACCGCCCUUUUCUCCCGAGAAACGAU